AUGUACGGAGCAGCAAACGGGGCCCAGACGGGCAUCAACACCCCGCGAUCUAGCUCAUCUCUACGACCAUUGACGCUCUCCCACGGCAUCCUUGAAACCUCCUUCCUCAUCCCUACAAGCCUUCACUUCCACGCAUCACAGUUAAAAGAGCGCUUCACUGCGAAUCUACCAACUCCAACCGAUGAGCUCGCUCAGGACGACGAACCCUCAUCAGUUGCCGAGCUUGUUGCCAGAUACCUCGGAUUUGUUGCCGACCAGGUCGAGACCGGAGAGGACGACUCCCAAGGCUCCUACGAGGAGGUCCUCAAACUUGUUCUCAACGAAUUCGAACGCGCGUUUCUCCAUGGCAACGAGGUCCAUGCCGUCGCUGCUACCCUCCCCGGCAUCGAGUUGAAGAAGCUUGAGGUUAUCAAGAGUUACUAUGCUGCCCGCAGCGUUAUCAAUAGAACUAUAAAGCCUCACGAGUCCGCUCUCCUGCGCGCUGCCGAUGAUGGCGCCGCCGAUCUCUAUACCAUUUUUGGUGGCCAAGGUAACAUUGAGGAGUACUUUGAGGAGCUGCGCCAAAUCUUCACGACAUAUUCUGGCUUCGUUUCCGAGCUUAUUACGAGCUCCGCCGAGUUGCUCCAGACCCUUUCCAAUGACCCCAGCGCCGAAAAAUCGUUUCCCAAGGGCCUGGAUAUCAUGAACUGGCUCCAGCACCCCGAAGCCACUCCUGACAUCGAUUACCUCAUUUCGGCGCCCGUUAGCUUCCCCCUCAUUGGACUUGUCCAGCUUGCACACUAUGAGGUAACCUGUAAGGUGCUUGGAAUCAACCCUGGGCACCUCCGUGAGCGUCUUCGUGGUUCUACUGGUCAUUCCCAGGGUAUUGUCAUGGCCGCCGCCACUGCGGCCGCUGAUUCUUGGGAGUCGUGGCGCGACAUCGCCACUUCCACCCUCACCAUCCUCUUCUGGAUUGGCACUCGGAGCCAGCAAGCAUUCCCCGUCACCUCCAUGACUCCUACCAUGUUGAGAGAGUCAAUGGAUCACGGCGAAGGCACCCCUACGCCAAUGCUUAGCAUUCGCGACCUCUCCCAGCAAGAGGUCCAGAAGCACAUCGACGCUACCAACCAAUACCUCCCCGCCAAUCGCCACAUCAGUAUCUCUCUCAUCAACAGUCCCAGAAAUCUUGUUGUUACUGGCCCCCCUACAUCGCUCUAUGGUCUCAACUCGCAGUUGCGCAAGGUCAAGGCCCCCACUGGUCUUGACCAGACCCGUGUUCCCUACACAGAGCGAAAGGUGCGCUUUGCGAACCGCUUUCUGCCCAUUACCGCCCCCUUCCACAGCCAGUACCUUACCGAGGCCACUGCUUUAAUCGACGAGGACCUCAAGAACAUCGUCAUUGACAGCAGCUCUUUGAGUAUACCUGUUUUCGACACAAACACUGGCAAGGACCUGCGAACCGAGGUCAGCGGCAACAUCGUUCCUACCCUAGUUCGCCUCAUUACCCGUGACCCUGUCAACUGGGAGACUGCCACUGUUUUCCCUAACGCCAGUCACGUCCUCGACUUUGGCCCUGGCGGUGCUUCUGGUCUCGGAAACUUGACUAGCCGCAAUAAGGAGGGUACCGGUGUUCGCGUCAUCAUCGCUGGUGCCAUUGAAGGCGCGCUUGAUGCGGUUGGAUACAAGCCUGAGCUCUUCGAUAGAGACGAAGAGAACGCCAUCACAUAUGCCAUCGAUUGGGUCAAAGAAUUUGGUCCAAAGUUGGUCAAGAAUUCAAAGGGCGAAAAGUAUGUCGACACCAAAAUGUCUCGUCUUCUUGGUUUGCCACCCGUCAUGGUUGCUGGUAUGACUCCUGCCACCGUUCCGUGGGACUUCGUCGCUGCUACUAUGAACUCUGGCUACCACAUUGAGCUCGCUGGUGGCGGCUAUUUCAACGCCAAGACCAUGAGCCAGGCGCUCGACAAGAUUGAAAAAGCUAUUCCCGCUGGCCGUGGUAUUACUGUCAACUUGAUUUAUGUCAACCCUCGAGCCAUGGCUUGGCAGAUACCUCUUCUUGGCCGACUUCGCGCUGAGGGUGUACCCAUCGAGGGUCUUACUAUUGGCGCUGGUGUUCCUUCCAUCGAAGUCGCUCAAGAAUAUAUCGAAACCCUGGGACUGAAGCACAUUGCUUUCAAGCCCGGCUCCGUCGAGGCCGUGCAGGCCGUUAUCAAUAUCGCCAAGGCCAACCCAACUUUCCCUGUUCUGCUUCAAUGGACUGGCGGCCGUGGCGGCGGCCACCAUUCUUUCGAGGAUUUCCAUCAGCCUAUUCUUCAAAUGUACGGCCGCAUUCGUCGUCAGGAGAACAUCAUUCUCGUGGCUGGUAGUGGUUUCGGAGGCGCCGACGACACCUACCCGUACGUCACUGGUGACUGGUCCAAGAAGUACGGUUACCCCCCCAUGCCCUUUGACGGCUGCCUUUUCGGUAGCCGCAUGAUGGUCGCCAAGGAGGCCCAUACCAGCAAGGACGCCAAGCAAGCCAUCAUUGACGCCCCUGGUCUGGAAGAUGCUCAGUGGGAGCAGACUUAUAAGGGACCUGCUGGUGGUGUUAUUACCGUUCGAUCUGAGAUGGGCGAGCCCAUCCACAAGCUGGCUACUCGCGGUGUUCGUUUCUGGGCUGAAAUGGACCAAAAAAUCUUCGCCCUGCCCAAGGAGAAGCGUGUUGCUGAACUCAAGAAAAAUCGUGACUACAUCAUCAAAAAGCUCAAUGAUGAUUUUCAGAAGGUUUGGUUCGGCUGCAACAAGGAUGGCAAUGCUGUCGAUCUGGAAGACAUGACGUAUGCAGAAAUCGUUCGUCGUCUCGUUGACCUCCUCUACGUCAAGCAUCAGAAACGCUGGAUCGACGCCUCCUUUGCCAGACUCACCGGCGACUUUAUUCACCGCGUUGAGGAGCGCUUCACUACCACCCCCGGGAAGCCUUCGCACCUACAGAGCUAUGCUGAACUCGAUGAACCCUACAGUGCCGUGAAACGCAUUCUCUCCUUCUACCCCGAUGCUGAGAAGCAGAUCGUCAAUGCCCAGGACGUCCAGCACUUCUUGCUUCUCUGCAUGCGUCCUGGUCAAAAGCCUGUGACUUUUAUUCCUGCUCUCGAUGGCAAUUUUGAGUUUUUUUUCAAGAAGGACUCCCUUUGGCAGUCUGAGGACCUCGAUGCUGUUAUUGACCAAGACGUUGGACGUACCUGUAUUCUGCAAGGUCCUACCGCCGUCAAGUUUUCUACUAUUCUGGAUGAGCCGGUCAAGUCUAUUCUGGAUGGUAUUCAUAACUCUCACAUACAGUAUCUUACUCGCGAUUACUACGGUGGUAAGGAGAGCGCCAUUCCUACUAUCGAGUACUUCGGUGGCGAGUUGGUUGAGACCGAGAUACCUCUCGAUAUUGAGGGUCUGACUGUCAGCUAUGACGAACACAAGAACACUUACCGUCUUGCCUCUGGAGCGGGUGCCACCAUGCCUCCCCUCGAUGCUUGGCUGUCGCUGCUUGCUGGCCCCAACCGAAACUGGCGCCAUGCCCUGCUCAUGUCCGAUGUCAUCGUUCAAGGCCAAAAGUUCCAGACCAACCCCCUCCGUCGCAUUUUUGCGCCUUACCGUGGCUUGUUCGUCGAGAUCAAUUAUCCCAAUGAUCCUUCCAAGACGGAGAUCAUUGUCAAGGAGCAGCCGCGAUAUAACCAGUAUGUGACUGUGAUUGAGGUCAAGUUUGCUGGCAAGAACGAGAUUCUAGUCAACAUGAUCAAGGAUACGACAGCUCUUGGACGACCUCUAGGUCUUCCUCUGCGUUUCACCUACCACCCCGAAGCUGGCUACGCUCCUAUUCGUGAAGUCAUGGACGACCGUAACGACCGCAUCAAGGAGUUUUACUGGAAGGCGUGGUUCGGUGAGGAUCCCAUGGAUCUAGAUGCCUUGGUCACUAGCAAGUUUGAUGGUGGCAAGACUACCAUCACCGCAGAAGCCAUCAACGACUUCGUGCAUGCUGUCGGCAACACUGGUGAGGCCUUUGUUGACCGUCCUGGCAAGGUCGUCUACGCUCCCAUGGACUUCGCCAUUGUCGUUGGUUGGAAGGCCAUCACCAAGCCCAUUUUCCCUCGCAAGAUUGACGGUGACUUGCUCAAGCUUGUUCACCUUUCCAACGGCUUUCGCAUGCUUCCCGGCGCAGAGCCUCUGAAAAAGGGAGAUGAGAUUUCCACCACGGCCCAGAUCAACGCUGUCAUCAACCAGGAGUCCGGCAAAAUGGUCGAGGUCUGCGGCACCAUCACCCGCGAGGGUCAACCCGUGAUGGAAGUUACUUCCCAAUUCCUCUACCGUGGUGCUUAUACCGACUUCGAGAACACCUUCCAGCGCAAGGUUGAAACUCCCGUUGAGGUUCACUUGGCUACCAGCAAGGAUGUUGCCGUCCUGCGCUCCAAGGAGUGGUUCUCUACUGACGAGAUGCCCAAUGACUUUGACCUGCUUGGCAAAACGCUUACAUUCCGUCUUCAGAGUUUGAUGCGCUACAAGAACAAGGAUUCCUUCAGCAGCGUUGAGACUCGCGGCGAGGUUCUUCUCGAGCUGCCUACCAAGGAAAUCAUUCAGGUAGCUAGCGUUGACUAUGAUGCUGGAGACUCUCAAGGCAACCCUGUUAUUGAUUACCUUGAGCGUCACGGCACUCCUUUGGAUCAACCCAUCAACUUUGAGAACCCCAUUCCCCUCAGUGGCCGUACUCCUCUUCAGCUCCGCGCCCCUGCUUCCAACGAGACUUAUGCACGUGUUUCUGGCGACUACAACCCUAUUCACGUUUCUCGCGUGUUUUCGUCCUACGCCAGCCUCCCCGGUACCAUUACCCACGGCAUGUACUCUAGUGCCGCCGUCCGCAGUCUUGUCGAAACCUGGGCUGCUGAGAACAACGUCGGUCGUGUCCGCAGCUUCCAUGCUUCUCUUGUCGGCAUGGUUCUGCCCAAUGAUGAUAUUCAGGUCCAGCUGCAGCACGUUGGUAUGGUAGCUGGCCGCAAGAUCAUCAAGGUCGAGGUCAGCAACAAGGAAACGGAAGAGAAGGUUCUCCUCGGCGAGGCUGAGGUUGAGCAGCCCGUAACUGCUUACGUCUUCACUGGUCAAGGCUCGCAAGAGCAGGGCAUGGGAAUGGAGCUGUACGAUAGCAGUCCCGUGGCCAAGGAGGUCUGGGAUCGCGCCGACAAAUAUCUGCUAGAUAAUUACGGCUUCUCGAUUACCAACAUUGUCCGAAACAACCCCAAGGAGCUUACUAUUCACUUUGGUGGUCCUCGAGGCAAGGCUAUUCGUCAAAACUACAUGGCGAUGACGUUCGAAACAGUGGCUGCGGAUGGCUCGAUCAAGUCGGAAAGAAUCUUCAAGGACGUGGAUGAGAAAACGACGUCGUACACGUACCGCUCGCCGACCGGUCUCUUGUCGGCGACUCAAUUCACUCAGCCUGCUCUGACUCUUAUGGAGAAGGCCAGUUUUGAGGAUAUGAAGUCCAAGGGUCUCGUGCCUCGCGACAGCACCUUUGCUGGCCACUCGCUGGGUGAAUACUCUGCAUUAGCUGCUCUGGCCGAUGUUAUGCCUAUCGAGAGUCUAGUGUCGGUUGUCUUUUACCGUGGUCUUACCAUGCAAGUUGCUGUUGAGCGCGAUGCUGCAGGCCGCUCUAACUACUCAAUGUGCGCUGUCAAUCCCAGCCGCAUCUCCAAGACGUUCAACGAGGAGGCUCUGCAGUUUGUGGUGAAUAACAUUUCAGAGGAAACGGGCUGGCUGCUGGAGAUUGUCAACUACAACAUCGCCAACAUGCAGUAUGUGUGCGCUGGUGACCUUCGGGCUCUUGACACGCUAGCGGGAGUGACAAACUUCCUCAAGAUGCAGAAGAUUGACAUUGAGGAGAUGCGUAGCAACAUCGAAGAAGCCAAGGAUGCUCUGCGUGAGAUUAUUCGGGGCUGCGCGGAGGCGACUCUCAAGAAGCCCGUUCCUCUGGAGCUAGAGCGCGGAUUCGCAACAAUCCCGCUGCGGGGUAUCGACGUGCCUUUCCACUCAACGUUCUUGCGAUCGGGUGUCAAGCCUUUCAGAUCUUUCCUGCUCAAGAAGAUCAACAAGACAACGAUCGACCCUUCGAAGCUGGUCGGAAAGUACAUUCCCAACGUAACGGCCAAGCCUUUUGCGCUUACCAAGGAAUACUUUGAGGAUGUGUACAAGCUGACCAACUCACCCAAGAUUGGGGCGGUGCUGGCCAACUGGGACAAGAUCACGCAGGACGGAGGCGAAGCCAAGUCAGGCAGCGAUAGCGGAGUUAGCGCCGAGCACGACGGCCCCGGAGCGGCUGCUUAA